GUGAGACUUUUUUUAUAACAUGUAUUACGCGGUCUGACACAAAAUGCAACAAUUUACAUGUGUUUUUAUUUAUACAUAUGUAUAAGCUUAUUUUUUUAAUACAUGGUUUAUUCCUGUUCGACCAUUAUUUGAUUUAACACGUCUUACUUAAUGUUUAAUUGGACCUAUUUCCGCGACAAACGUUGACAGGCAGUGCUUAGGUCUAUCCUAAACAUGGCCACCAUGAUGGAGUAAAGCUUCAACUUUAAAUUUCACAUUUUUAAAAGAAAACUUAUACAUUCUAUAUAUUUUGACAGGAAUGUUUCAACGGAAGAAAUUAUAUCAGUCAUCUUAUCCAUAUGAAAUCAUUGGAGAAAGUUUCUUGUUGGAUUUAAUACUGGUUUAAGUUGUCUGGAAGCGAAAAAAAAUUAUUGCAUCAAUUCCGUAAGCGUUUUAAUUUCUCUCGAUAGUUUUAAAGCUUUUACAAACCUUUUGUGGGAUUUUUCAAGUUGUGGAUCUAUCUUAAUUGCAAUAAUUUUGCUGUGAAGAAUUGAAGAAACGAUUGGGAUGUAUUUUAUAAUUUUUAUGCGUUUUCUGGCAGGAAGUAAAUCUUGGUGGUCGAAGGGAGAGUAGUAAUGUUCACUGAUUGACGUACUUUGAAAGAAGCCAAUAAACUGAAGAAUACAUAAAGGGAUAUAACAGUUUGUAUGGUUUUGAGGCGCCGAAAGUGCACUGGUCACUUCCCCCAUAUUUUUGAAUUGGUGGAUGAACGAGUCAGCGACACCCCUUACCCCACUUAUACUAAACGAAAGUAUGACAUUUCUCAUAUGGCUUUAAAGGUCAUGAAGGAAAUACAUCUAAACUUCUAGGUUCUAAAAGAAUGUCAUCAGAGGACAAGAGUCUGGAUCCCUCUGACCACGGACAGUCUACUCCCCUGAGCAGUACUGGAGGGCGCACCCCCUCCCCUGCCCCCAUAGACCGGCGCACUCGCGGCCGGCCUCGUAGGGAUGCAGGCUCUGGAUUACCCACACCCAGAAAGAAGGGCCGUAGCAGAGGCCGAGCCCAGGUUGAGGAUGAGGACAGCAUGGACGGGACGGAGACCGCCGAAGCAGAGAACAUGCAGGAUAUGGAAGUUAAGGAGCUGGUCCUGGAUGUCGAGGAGGAGAUCAUGGUGCCUAGCCUCAGGGAUGGCAGACCCCUCUCCCCACUCUUCCAGCGCUCCAUGUCGGAGGACUCUGCAGGAUCCUCCGCCUCGACCCUGGAGCACGCCAAAGUCCGUGAAAAGCUGUGUGCCUUCUGCUACUGUGGCGAGAGGAGUUUCCUGGGCCAGGGCGACCUGAUGGUGUUUGGCCCCACGCCGGGCUACGUGCCGCUGCACAUCCGCAACCGACGAGGCAGCUCGGAGAAGGACGAUGACUACCACGAAGAUGACUUCCAAGACGACCACCACGACACCAAGAUCCCAGGGCAGCGCGACGGCGGGAGGGGCCUUAAAAAGGUCAGCUCUCCGGACAGUGGUCUCCACUCCUCCUCGGCACCCGGCAGCACGGACCCCUUCAGCGAGGAACAGGCCGCUAAGUUCUGGGACGAGCUGGGUCAGAUCGGCCUCCCCGACGACAUCAAUGUCCAGUCCCUGUUUGACCCCACAGGCCAGUGCUGUGCCCAUCUGCACUGUGCCGCCUGGUCCGAGGGUGUGUGUCGCGGCGAGGCCCAGGAUUCACUGCUCUACGUGGACAAAGCCAUAGACUCAGGGAGCACAGAGUGCUGUGCAUACUGUAAGCGCCUUGGAGCAUCUAUCAAGUGCUGUGAGGAAGGCUGCUGCCGCUCCUACCAUUUCCCCUGCGCCGCCGCCUCUGGAACUUUCCAGGACCUGCGCCGACACACUCUCCUCUGCCCAGACCACCUCCAGCUGGCCUCACAAAGAUGUAAAGAGGUGAAGUGCUUGUUGUGUGGCAGUGCUGGGGACCUGCAGGACCUGCUCUUCUGCAGCUCGUGUGGGCAGCACUACCACGGGGCUUGUCUGGACGUGAGUGUUACCCCCCUGAAGAGGGCCGGGUGGCAGUGCCCCGAGUGCAAAGUCUGUCUGACCUGCAGGAACCCGGGGGAGGACAGCAAGAUGCUGGUCUGUGACAUGUGCGAUAAAGGCUAUCACACCUUUUGUCUCCAGCCUACCAUGAAAUCCAUCCCCACCAACGGCUGGCGGUGCAAGAACUGUCGGGUGUGUUCUUUGUGUGGGGUCAGGCAGGCGGGCCAGUGGGCCCACAACAUCACACUGUGCGAGGGUUGCCACGGGCAACCAGAGGAACCCGCCCCCGUCCUGCCAUGCCCACUGUGUGUGAGGGACCAGGGCCGCGGGGAUGCCCCUAAGGACCUCCUCCUCACCUGCCACACAUGCAAGAGGUGGCUUCAUGGUGAGUGUGAGAAGCAGGCAGGGGGCAACUCGGACCUCCACACACAGGCCGACUACAUCUGCACCAUCUGUAAGCAGGUGGAGAGCGACAUGGUGGAAACCCCGGCCAGCCCCAUCCAGGAAUCCACAGAACCAGAACCAGAACCCACUAUGGAUGUCUUUAUGGCUGUAGUGGAGGAGGACGUGUUGCUGGAGGAAGAGGCGCGUCCAAGCCCUCGGCUGGAGGAGGAGGAGGAGGCGCGUCCAAGCCCUCGGCUGGAGGAGGAGGAGGAGGCGCGUCCAAGCCCUCGGCUGGAGGAGGAGGAGGAGGCGCGUCCAAGCCCUCGGCUGGAGGAGGAGGAGGAGGCGCGUCCAAGCCCUCGGCUGGAGGAGGAGGAGGAGGCGCGUCCAAGCCCUCGGCUGGAGGAGGAGGAGGAGGCGCGUCCAAGCCCUCGGCUGGAGGAGGAGGAGGAGGAGGCGCGUCCAAGCCCUCGGCUGGAGGAGGAGGAGGAGGAGGCGCGUCCAAGCCCUCGGCUGGAGGAGGAGGAGGAGGCGCGUCCAAGCCCUCGGCUGGAGGAGGAGGAGGAGGCGCGUCCAAGCCCUCGGCUGGAGGAGGAGGAGGAGGCGCGUCCAAGCCCUCGGCUGGAGGAGGAGGAGGAGGCGCGUCCAAGCCCUCGGCUGGAGGAGGAGGAGGAGGCGCGUCCAAGCCCUCGGCUGGAGGAGGAGGAGGAGGCGCGUCCAAGCCCUCGGCUGGAGGAGGAGGAGGAGGCGCGUCCAAGCCCUCGGCUGGAGGAGGAGGCGCGUCCAAGCCCUCGGCUGGAGGAGGAGGCGCGUCCAAGCCCUCGGCUGGAGGAGGAGGCGCGUCCAAGCCCUCGGCUGGAGGAGGAGGCGCGUCCAAGCCCUCGGCUGGAGGAGGAGGCGCGUCCAAGCCCUCGGCUGGAGGAGGAGGCGCGUCCAAGCCCUCGGCUGGAGGAGGAGGCGCGUCCAAGCCCUCGGCUGGAGGAGGAGGCGCGUCCAAGCCCUCGGCUGGAGGAGGAGGCGCGUCCAAGCCCUCGGCUGGAGGAGGAGGCGCGUCCAAGCCCUCGGCUGGAGGAGGAGGCGCGUCCAAGCCCUCGGCUGGAGGAGGAGGCGCGUCCAAGCCCUCGGCUGGAGGAGGAGGCGCGUCCAAGCCCUCGGCUGGAGGAGGAGGCGCGUCCAAGCCCUCGGCUGGAGGAGGAGGCGCGUCCAAGCCCUCGGCUGGAGGAGGAGGCGCGUCCAAGCCCUCGGCUGGAGGAGGAGGCGCGUCCAAGCCCUCGGCUGGAGGAGGAGGCGCGUCCAAGCCCUCGGCUGGAGGAGGAGGAGGCGCGUCCAAGCCCUCGGCUGGAGGAGGAGGAGGCGCGUCCAAGCCCUCGGCUGGAGGAGGAGGAGGCGCGUCCAAGCCCUCGGCUGGAGGAGGAGGAGGCGCGUCCAAGCCCUCGGCUGGAGGAGGAGGAGGCGCGUCCAAGCCCUCGGCUGGAGGAGGAGGAGGCGCGUCCAAGCCCUCGGCUGGAGGAGGAGGAGGCGCGUCCAAGCCCUCGGCUGGAGGAGGAGGAGGCGCGUCCAAGCCCUCGGCUGGAGGAGGAGGAGGCGCGUCCAAGCCCUCGGCUGGAGGAGGAGGAGGCGCGUCCAAGCCCUCGGCUGGAGGAGGAGGAGGCGCGUCCAAGCCCUCGGCUGGAGGAGGAGGAGGCGCGUCCAAGCCCUCGGCUGGAGGAGGAGGAGGCGCGUCCAAGCCCUCGGCUGGAGGAGGAGGAGGCGCGUCCAAGCCCUCGGCUGGAGGAGGAGGAGGCGCGUCCAAGCCCUCGGCUGGAGGAGGAGGAGGCGCGUCCAAGCCCUCGGCUGGAGGAGGAGGAGGCGCGUCCAAGCCCUCGGCUGGAGGAGGAGGAGGCGCGUCCAAGCCCUCGGCUGGAGGAGGAGGCGCGUCCAAGCCCUCGGCUGGAGGAGGAGGAGGAGGAGGCGCGUCCAAGCCCUCGGCUGGAGGAGGAGGAGGAGGCGCGUCCAGGCCCUCGGCUGGAGGAGGAGGAGGAGGCGCGUCCAGGCCCUCGGCUGGAGGAGGAGGAGACGGCGGCGCGUCCAGGCCCUCGGCUGGAGGAGGAGACGGCGGCGCGUCCAGGCCCUCUAAAGAAGCCUAAAGUGUCUCCAUCAGGUGUUGAACUGGCGCAGGAGAUUCAGGUGACCGUUACCCUGACGGAGGGCCGGGAGUCUCAUCAGAGGUCUGGAACUCUAGUGGACGUGUCACCGCUCGCCUCCCAGAGUCCCGCCUCACCCGUGGACGAUGUCCAACAGGAACUGGAAAUAUCAGACUCGUUACAAAUGGGGAAAGGUGCGGCGCCCGAGGAGGCUUUGCCCUGCGAUGUAGAGGGGGAGGAGACCAAAUCGGAAGACUCAAAAACCACUUUAGCCAUGCCCACCAACGAAAUAUCUCAUGAGGCUUUGGAGGAGACUACUGAAGAGGCUCCUGUGGAGGAGGAGGAGCCUAUGGAAGUAGCACCUGUAGAAAUGAAGUCUUUGGAAUUGGCUGCAAUGGAGACUACUGUUGAGCAGAAUGUUAUGGAACCCAUGCAGGAGGUGCAGGAUGCAGUUGCAGAAAAGGAGUUUGAGGAGAAGUUGGAGGACGAGGAGUUGCCUCCAAGUAUUUUGGACGAAGGGGAGAAUUUGCCUCCAAUUGUUUUGGACGAGGGGGAGGUGUUGCUUCCAAAUGUAUUGCCCAUUGCAGAGGACAAAAUCAGAGAAAAGGAGCUUAGUCCCAUGGCUGAACUUCCUGAAAUGGAGAGCCCCGUAGACAUGGAUAUCAUGCACGCCAGCAACCGCAGCCUCUCGGACUUCAGCUCACCGAGGGGAGAUGGCAAAGCCUCAAAGGCUUCCCCUGAAAUGUCUCCUGAGCUCUCGCUCAUGCUGAUCCAGUCCCUCUUCCCUACAGAGUCCUUCCCCAGGGAGGCCAGCCCUCCUUGGGUUCAGGUCCAAAUCCAGGCCCAGGCUGCUCCACCACAGACCCAACCUCAUUCUGGAUAUAGUGCUUGUGUGCCUCCCACCACCACAACCUUUUUCCCCCUAACUCCCAAGAUUGGCAUGGGGAAGCCUGCCAUCUCCAAGAGGAAGUUCUCCCCUGGGAGACCAAGGGUGAAGCAGGGAGCAUGGAGUAACCAUAGGGCAGCAAGCCCCCCCUCUUGGUCCCAGCAGGACCCCUCAGAGGGGGGGUGGGAUGGCCCAAAAAACAGGCAGUUGCAGGAGGUGCCCGUCUGGAGCAUGAGAGUGGGUCGUGGUUCCGGCUUCCCUGGAAGGCGGAGGCCCCGCGGGGCCAACCUAUCUGUGCGCGGGGGCCGCGGACGCUCUCGAGGACUCAAAGCCGACACCACCCUCGCCAUGACCCCUGGGGCCAGCUUUGUGGAGCAGCCGUACAUGGUGAAAGAAGAGGAGGAGAAUGCCAUGCACAACACUGUGGUCAUUUUCUCAACUUCAGACCACUUCACUCUCAGACAGGACAUGUGUGUGGUGUGUGGGAGUUUUGGCCAGGGGUCAGAGGGCAGGUUGCUGGCCUGUUCCCAGUGUGGCCAGUGUUACCACCCCUUCUGUGUCAACAUCAAGAUCACCCGGGUGGUGCUGAGUAAAGGCUGGCGCUGUCUGGAGUGCACGGUGUGCGAGGCGUGCGGCCAGGCCAGCGACCCAGGCCGCCUGCUGCUGUGUGACAACUGUGACAUCAGCUACCACACCUACUGCCUGGACCCGCCCUUGCAGACGGUGCCCAAGGGCAGCUGGAAGUGCAAGUGGUGUGUCUCCUGUACCCAGUGUGGUGCCACCUCCCCCGGCAUGAGGUGUGACUGGCAGAACAACUACACCCAGUGCGGCCCCUGUGCCAGCCUGGCAUCAUGCCCGAUGUGCAUGCGCAGCUACUGUGAGGACGAGCUCAUCGUGCAGUGCCGCCAGUGUGACAGGUGGAUCCACGCCUGCUGCCAGGGCCUGGACACAGAUGAGGAGGUGGAGAAUGCAGCGGAUGAUGGCUUUGACUGCACCAUGUGUCGAAUGCACGCUCUGCCUUCACAGGGCAAAGUGGAGGCCCUCCUAUCUGACGGCUGCGAGGCCCCGAUGGUGGCCCAGAUUGUGUCUACAACGAGAGAGCCAGACAUACAGAAGACAUACACCCAGGAUGGGGUGUGUCUGACUGAGUCUGGCCUGUGCCAGCUGGAGAGCCUGGCAGUGCCCUCCUCAACCCGCCGAGGGCAGAACAGGCGGCCCAAACCCAAGCUCAAGCUGAAGAUCAUCAACCAGAACAGCGUGGCUGUGCUCCAGACCCCACCGUACCCCCACUACUCAGAGCUGUCCCGGGACGGGGACGGGUACAUGGACGACCGCCGAGGGGACCUCCUGAUGGACUGUGACUUGAAGUCGGACUCCAGUCUGGAACGGGAGCCUGUCGACGACGACGCCAAGGGGGCCGAGGGCGCCGACGGCAACAAGAAAAGGAAGAGGAGACCUUACCGGCCCGGUAUUGGAGGGUUUAUGGUCCGCCAGAGAAGCAGGACGGGACAAGGGAAAGCCAAGCGAUCCCUAUCCAGGAAAUACUCAGCAGGAUCGUUACCUGAGAACCCAAUGUGCAAAGAGGAAGGGUGGAACAAGACGGAGAGUACUCAAGCGGAGGAGACCCCACCGGUGUCUGAAUGUCUGGAGAAGGUCAAGAAAAGAUACCGCAAAAAGAGAACCAAAUUGGAAGAGGAGUUCCCUUCUUACCUGCAGGAGGCUUUCUUUGGAAAGGAGCUGCUGGACAGGAGCAAGCAGAGCAGGCAGGCGGGCCUGGUGACCACAGGGCUCAGUGAGGAGAACUCAGGGGUCCAUGCAGAGACCAAACCCCGCAGCGUCAACGCCAGCUUCCUGGACCCCUCCUCAGACCCGCUGCUCAGUGCUACCUCGACCACCAUACCCAUCUCCAGCAAAGGAGGAGGACUGCAUCAUCCGGACUUUCCGGAAGUCCUGAGCACGGAUGCAGAUCUCCUGGGAAUGCUGUCGGAUGAUCCGGUGAAGCAGGGGAAUGACUCAGCCAAUUCCGAGGAUCCCUUAGUGGACCUUCCGGAAGUCCUGAGUACGGAUGCAGAUCUCCUGGGAAUGCUGUCGGAUGAUCUGGUGAAGCAGGGGAAUGACUCAGGUCUUGAUUUAUGCCAUUUCCAGGUCGACAGCCCUCCUUCUCCUUUUGCUGGUCUGGACAUAGCCCCCAUCUCUGAUUAUCCCAUUGGGUCCUGUCAGGGCUCUGCAGGCCGGGGGCCCAGGGCUCUACAGGAGGAGCCUUUGGAUGUCAUCCUGAGCCCAGAACUGGACAAGAUGGUCGUAGAUGGUGCAAUUCUCAGUAAACUCUACAAAAUCCCAGAGCUGGAGGGGAAGGAUGUGGAGGACCUCUUCACAGCGGUCCUUAGUCCCAGCACCAGCCAGCCUCCACAGCUGUCUCACCCUGGGGCCAAUGGACCUGGAGCCAUGGCCCUUCCAAACCCAGGCGACGGUGGGAUGUUCCCCCAGAUGCCAAUGAUAAACGGCAUGAUGGGGCCCAACCCCCAUUUUCCUCCAACUCCCAUGAUGCCCGGCGGCACAGGCCCAUGUGGCCCCGGCAACUUCUCGCCCAUCCACAGAAUACCUUUCCAAGAGAAUAUGAGAGCUCCUUCCAGGGACAAGAAGUUUAGCCAGAUGGGGGGUGACGUAGUGGUUCCAUGGAGCGCGCCCGUCCCCGGCCCCCUUCCGGAGGGAGAGACAGACACCAUGUCCAACGCGCAGAGGAGCACGCUCAAGUGGGAGAAGGAGGAGACUCUGGGCGAGAUGGCCACUGUGGCCCCAGUCCUUUACACCAACGUCAACUUCCCCAACCUCCUAGGGGAGUUCCCAGACUGGGCUAUGAGAGUGAAACAAAUCGCAAAAUUAUGGAGGAAAGCCAGUUCCCAGGACAGGGCCCCAUAUGUGCAAAAGGCACGCGAUAACCGGGCAGCGCUGCGCAUUAACAAAGUUCAGAUGUCCAACGAUACGCUGAAGAGACACGAGAAUCCUCACCAGCAGCCGUUGACUGACCCCUUUGACCCCAAUAGUGUCCCCAUGGACGCUGAGCUGCUCUUCAAAGAUACUCUCAAGCCCAAGGAGUCUGAGCACGAGCAGGAGUGGAAGUUCAGACAGGGAGAGUUAAAUCAGAUGUGGGGACCGCUUAAGACGCAGCAGGAAAAGGUCCAAAAAAGCAAAGCCCUAAAAUCAACAAAUAAAGACGUCCUUUUUGGACAUUCCAACCAGGCAACUAUAGCUGCAGGAGGUGGAAAAAUGUCUCUGCAAAUGAGACAAAAGAGCAAGCAGCAGGCGAAGAUCGAAGCUACUCAAAAGCUGGAGCAGGUUAAAAAUGAGCAGCAACAACUCCAGCAACAACAGCUGUUUAGCAGUCAGUCAUGUGGAGAUGCAACACCUAAUAGUGGGAACCAGAGCCCCAUGACACCUCAGCCCUGCAAUGGUGGAAAGUCUGGAAACUCAUCCCCUCUACAGCCAAUAGUGUCUAAGGAUGGCUUCGCUAGACCCCAACUCCCAGUAACGCCCACCCCUGGAUCACAGGAUGACGUGUUCCUCAGACCACAGCCCCUACCUCCGUCGUCGAGGACACCCACCCAGGAGACCUCGUACCCGCAGCAGGGACCAUCCUCCGAGCUCCAGUCAUCACAGAUGUUCUCCCCGAGUUCCUCCUCAGGCUCCCGGCCAUCCUCACCUUGGGACCCCUACGCCAAAAUUGUGGGCACCCCGAGACCGCCCCCUGGGGAUGGCGGAUCCACCACGCCCCAGCAGAACUCUCUGUCAGAGAUGCAGGAAAGGGGAGGGAGGCAUUCCCCGGCACACGAGUCCUUUGGCUCGCCCACGUCUGGUAAUGCUGACCCUUAUGCUAAGAUGCCAGAUACCCCCCGGCCACCUGAACCGUUUGUUAAACCCAUGGGACCCGCCAGGGUGGGCCCUUCAGGACUCGUUGAGCAGCAGCAAAAGCAGCAGGUCAGGCACAUGAUGAGCCCUCCCUCUGGAGGAGAGGCUUUUGCCAGGAUAGGGGGCCACCGAGCUGAGGUCUACCAGCGCAUGUCUCACAACCGCAUGAUCCUCUCGGACCCCUACUCCAGGCCCUUGCUCACUCCCAUCCCCGGCAGCAACGAGUCGGGCUCUGUGCCGGUGUUCAAAGCCCCCAUGCCUCCCCAGCAAGAGCCCUAUGGUGGCCCUAUGCCUGGGGGACUUAGACGAGGGCCAUCUAAUGACUUUCCCCAAGGAUCACAGGCCGACCCCUAUGCCCAGCAGCCCCUCACCAUCCGUCCGCCCAUGGGGGAAGGGUUCCCCAACGAGCCCAGAAUGAUGCGCCAACCCCAGGAGGGCCAUUUCUCUCAACCCAUGCCAAUGAUGAGACACCCUCACAGAAACUCAUACUCCCAAGCACCAUCCACCCCGAGACCAGAUUAUUCUCAGCAGAUGCCUGAACCUUACGCCCAACCGCCAGGCACCCCCAGACCUCACUCUGAUGGCCAUGCCCAACCUCCCGGCACCCCAAGGCCACACUCAGAUCCUUCAUACCUGCAGACGCCACCUAGCCUUCAUUUAGACCAGCUUCCCCAGCAGCACCCAGCCAAUCGCAGACAGUCUCCAUCUCACUCCAUUGAUCCUUAUGCCUCCAUGCCAGGUACCCCCAGACCAGCCCCAGGGGAUAGAUUCCCCAAAUCCCCUGCUAGUCAAAGGAACAUGGACCCCUAUGCCCAACAACCCGGUACCCAUCGGCCUUCCAAUGCCAUUCUAUACGCACAGCCCCCUGGAACCCCAAGACCACUCCUCACCAACCCUUAUGCCCAAGCUUCAGGGAUGACCCGGCCAGGAGCUGGUCCUGACGCCUUCAAUCGACUAGGCUCCAGACCGAUACCCAUGUCCCAACUUCCAGCUGACCCCUUCUCCCACCAGUCUCCAGGCAGAAUGCAGGACACAUUUGCCCAUCCAAGUGCCCCAGGCCCUCAGAUAUCUAAGCACCCGGAAAUGUCGGACGAAAGUUUCUCUCUGCCGCAGUCGAAUCAUCACGGUGGCCAAACGCCGAUUCACGACCCCUUUGAACAGGGUCCAAUGACACCUUGUGCUCAAGCUUCAGAAAGGCCAGCCCAUGAUAUCCCCCAGUUGAGCAGCAACACUGUUGCUGCUCAGAACAGCAUGCAGCCACACCUGGGAGACACUGAGGAGAAGCUCAGACAGCGCCAGAGACUGCGCCAGCUAAUCCUGAGGCAGCAGCAACAGAAGACGGCCAUCCGACAAGAGAAGGGACUACUACAGGAAGCUGGUGGAGCUACUGGUGUGGUGACACCCCGUCACUGGUCACAAGAAGAUCCCACCCCGCAGAGCCACAUGUUUGGCAGACCACCACCCCCUUACCCAGGACCCAUGAGGGGCGGCCCCCAAGUUCCCGGGGGUCAAAGGUUCCCUGGUACCUUCCUAGGGGACCAGCGAGGACCCUUCCCCAACGAGGGCCAGUUUGCCAUACCCCACUUCCCCAGGGACAUGGGCUUGAGGCCCCAAGGAAUGAGGUUUGGAUUUCUCUCCGGCCAGGAGCAACAUUUCCUCAGGCCCCCUCAGCAGAUGCCCGGCGGGCCCAUGGUCGAUAACAUUCCUCCACAGAUGAGAAGGUCCCUCUCGGUGGACUUUUCCAGGGGGGGCAACCCCCUGAUGGGACUCCCCCAGGACUUCCCUCCACAGGGCCUUACCGUCCAGCAGCACAAUAUCAUGGGUCAGCCGUUCAUCGAGCUCCGCCACAGGGCCCCUGAGAACAGGAUGAAGAUCCCCUUUGGUCAUGGACCCCCAGACGUCAUGGACCCCUCCAACCAAACCCAGAGACCACCCCAGUGCUUCAUGGGAGGCCAGGAGAUUGGCUUCGCCAGGAACCAGGGACCCAGAAUGAUGGCUCCCAUGAUGGGCAGACCUUCCCAGGGAUCGGUUGGCCAAAUGCAGAUGUUGGCAAGUAUGGAGAACCUGCACCAGCAGCAGACUGAAGUGCUGGUGACCACUGAACAACAACAACAUCCUCCACUGAAUAGGUCCCUCAGCCACCCUGUCACUAGUGAGUCACUCAAAGCAGAGCCAUCUGGUAUGCUCUUGCCUGGGUCUAGCACCGGUCAAACGGAGGAGACUCAAAUACCCAGUGGAGACGGAAUCGACGAAAACCUGGACGCUGACGACUCUGCAGUGAAGGACCUCGAAGACGUGGAGGUCAAAGACCUGGUCGACCUGAACCUGAACCUCGACCCAGAUGAUGGCAAAGACCUGGACCUGGGACCCAAUGACCUGCACCUCGACGACUUCCUCAUGUCUGGGAAGUUUGACCUCAUCGCCUACACGGAUCCUGAGCUCAACCUGGACGACAAGAAAGACAUGUUCAGUGAAGAUCUCGACCUGGGUGACCCCAUGGAGGAACACCAACAGGGAGAGACCUUGGACCUCCAGAAAGCCCUGUCGGAGAAGAGGAACGCCAGCGGAGACUGCGCAGCCACCUCGUCCCAGUCCGUAGGGAAAUCCGUGCACGGCCAAAUCAGACGGGAGGCCAACAAAUCAAAAGAGACCUUGGACAUAGUCAAAAUAGAGGAAACAAUCAAAACGGAGGUCAAAGAUGGACACAUGCAAAACCAGGACCAGCCACUCUGCAGUGGCCGGAUGAAUGACAACAGAACCAUGACUAACCAAGAGGGUGCAGGGCUGUAUGAGCAGCCUGGACAGACUGUCUCGGCUCCGGUCCUCUCCAACCUUCUGGUCAAAGAGAAACUGGAAAACACUGGGUUAGGCCCAACUGGCUCUCCUCAUCAAGGGAACAUAGCUGCCCAGCCGAACCAGGCCACUGGGCUACACCCAAACCCAGGCAUGCAACAUACCCAAGACAACAACAGGCUCAAUCCCAGCGUGGCUAUGGGACAUCGGGUGAACCCUGUGUUGGUUCAGAGCAGGCUUUCAAUGGGAAACCCAAACCACAUCCUAGGGGGGAACCACAGCUUCAGGGCCUCAGCAAACCAGCAGAUGGAGCUAAACCUAGCCAUGGUGGGAGCCAGUCAGCAGCCCACUGCCCAUGGCCUGAACCCCCAGGGCCAGCAAGGCUCAUCGCUGGGGCAGGCCGGCCCACAAAACAGGCCUCUGCUGCUGGACGAGCAGCCCCUCCUACUGCAGGACCUGCUGGACCAGGAGAGGCAAGAGCAGCAGCAGCAGAGGCAUAUGCAGGCCAUGAUCCGACAGCGCUCCAGCGACUCCUUCUUCCCCAACAUAGCAGAUUUUGAUGCCGUCACAGACCCGAUCAUGAAGGCUAAGAUGGUAGCCCUGAAGGGAAUCAAUAAAGUCAUGGCUCAGAACAGCAUGGGAAUGCCCUCAAUAGUCAUUAACAGCAAUGAUCCUCUCAGAAUUCAGCAUACACCAGGAGCCCAUGGACCAGAUGCCGCUGCCACUCUGCCUCCACAUGUGUUUGGACAGGACGGGAAGUUGGCUCCACAGAUGGCGAGACCGAACCCCCCAAAUUUUGGACCUGGAUUUGUCAACGAUGGUAAGAGGAAGCAGUACGAGGAGUGGCUCAAGGAGACCCAACAGCUCCUGCAGAUGCAGCAGAAGUUUCUGGAAGACCAGAUUGGGGCCCACAGGAAAUCCAAGAAGGCCCUGUCAGCCAAACAGCGGACGGCCAAGAAGGCUGGCCGUGAGUUCCCUAAGGAGGACGUCGAGCAGCUGAAGCAUGUGACAGAGCAGCAGAGUGUGGUGCAGAAACAGUUGGAGCAGAUUCGGAAACAGCAGAAAGACCAUGCAGAGCUGAUAGAGGAGUACCGUGUCAAGCAGCAACAGCUAAGUCUACAGGCUCCUAUGAUGCCAGGGAUGCCACCCAUGCCAGGGAUGUCAGCUCAUGCUGCCCCUAUGAUGCCCAGGGAGCCCCCUUUGGGCCAGCCCAUGAUGACAAUGCAGCCCCACCCCAGCCAGCCUAACCUUGCCCGCAUGCCCAACGUGCCAGGCUGGCACCCUGGGGGAGCCCCAGGACCGAUGGGAGGCCCGGGUCUAAGAAUUCCAGCUCAGAUGCCCCCUGCCAGCCCUGCCCAGUUGCACCAGCCCCAGUUACCACCCCAGACCCAACUGCCGCCUCAGCCUCAAUCAGCCUCAAUGGUGCCCGGAGUAAAAGCCACACCUGCAGGCAAAGGAGCAGGAACCCAGGGAGCCAGCGGAGGUAACGGUGGUGGUGGCAGCAAUAGCCUCGCUGUGAAAUUUGAUGACAACAAUCCAUUCAGCGAGGGCUUCCAGGAGCGCGAGAGGCGGGACCGCAUGAGGGAGCAGCAGGAGAGACAGCGGGUUCAGCUGAUGCAGGAGGUAGACAGGCAUCGGGCCAUGCAGCAGCGGCUGGAGAUGGAGCAGCAAGGCCUUGGUAUGGGUCCCGCUGGGCUCCCACACGGCUCUGGAGCUACUAACCACAGUGGGGAUAGCCUGGCCCACAUGCCAUUCUACAAUACUGAUCUGCCCCAAGACUUCAUGCAGCCCUCUAGACCUCAACAACAAGCACCACCACAGCAGGGGCAGCUAGGGCCCAUGUACUCCCAGCAGGGCAUCGGGGCCUUCAUGAUGGGGGACGAGCGCAGGCCUAUGCCCAAGACUGGGGCUUUUGGUGGUCCCGAGAUGGGUCCCAAUUUCCGUCCCGAAAACCCCAUGCUGCAGGGGCCCAACUUCCCCUCGGGACAGCCCCGUCCCGCCAGAUUCGGAGGCCCUGGGAUGAUGCCCCAGAGUGGAGGCCGAGGCGAGGGACAGGGACUACCGUUCGGAAUGGACUCAUCCACCCCCCUGCCUCCCAACUACCCCGGCUCAGGCCAGUCCUUGAUCCAGCUCUACUCUAACAUCAUCCCAGAGGAGAAGGUGAAGAAGAAGAGGAACAGGAAGAAGAAGAGAGACUCGGUCGACGACAUAGACUCUGUCAAGACCCCGUCCACUCCCCACUCAGACCGCUGCUCCCCGCUGACGCCCUCCCGCGGAUCUGACACCUCAUCCACCCGGAGCCUCAGCAUUCCCGGUGAGCAGGAUCUGUCCGAUCUUUUCCUCCCAGUGGGGUCCUCUGGUUUGGCCCCCUCCACAGAACUGGAGAGGCAGCUCUCAGGCAGCAGCUUAGCCCAGGAUGGCUGCUCCAGCAUGGGCUCUGAGAAUGACCGGGCCCCCCUGUUUGACGAAACCCUCCAAAUCAAGUUGGAGAGCAUAGAGACUGAGUGCAGAAGGGACGAGGCGGCCAACGAGGGUUCUGCCUUGCAGCACGUUCCCCGAGCUGGCGGGACAGUAAAGGUGGAGGAGGGAAGCGGGGGGGGGUUUUCUUCACCCCUCCACGGUGCCAAAGGUGGUGACACAGGGAACGAGCUGCUUAAGCACCUGUUGAAGAACAAGAGCACACCCCCACCGGGCGCCAAUGCCAACCAGACCCUUCCCACACAGCAGAUGUCCUGUGACAAACUGCGUUCAGAGCAGGAGGACUCAUCAGACCACAAAGCCACUGCCAGGCCGGCCUCCACCGCCAACAACAUGACUCCCCGGCGCAGUCAGCUGACAGGAAGCACUGAGCUCCUAGAAACCUCGGUGCCGGAGCAGGGCAAGAGGAAGCAGCAACGCAACAAACUGACGCAUAAAAACGGGGUGGAGAAACCACCAUCGCGCUACAAGAGGAGGAAGAAAGAGGAAGAGGAGAAGCAGAUUGGUUAUUCCAGUACUGACACUCUGAUGACCCAGCUUAAACAGCAGCUUUCCCUGUUGCCCCUGAUAGAGCCCCUGAUGGGGGUCAACUUUGCUCACUUUCCCCCCUUCGGCAGCGGGCAGCUGAACGGGGAGAACAGCCUGUCGGGAUCCUUUGGCAGCGCUUCGCUGGGCGGCGUGUCAGACUACUACUCCCAGCUCAUCUACAAGCAGAACAACUUGAGCAACCCGCCCACCCCUCCAGCAUCACUCCCUCCCACGCCGCCCCCCGUGGCGAGACAGAAGAUGGUCAACGGGUUCGCCACGGCCGAGGAGCUUACCAGGAAAGCUGCCGUCUUGGGUGGCCAUGAUGCGUUCCGGACAGAAAAAGACCUGCUGGCCCAUGCCAUCACCCAGGGGCCCAAGACGGUGGACGUCCCUGCCUCGCUCCCCACACCACCACAUAACAACCAGGAGGAACUUAGGAGCCAGGACCACUGUGCGGACAGGGACACCCCUGAUAGCUUCGUCCCCUCCUCGUCCCCCGAGAGUGUGGUCGGCAUGGAGAUCAGCCGCUACCCCGACUUGUCAAAUGUCAAGGAGGAGCCCCCCUCCCCUUGCUCCUCCCCUGUAAUUCCCAUGCUGCCUAGUGCCAGCGGGAAAGGGACUGAGAUUAAGCGAGAGGUCAAGACUGAACCCUCAAGCUCCUUUUUCGGGUCCCAGUUCAGACAGGCUCCCUCCUGCUCCAAAGCUGGCCUGGUAUCCAUAGCUAUCACCUUAAAUCCGGUCGCAGCGGAGAACAUCCCUGGCAUGGUGGCUGCGGUGGCCGACCUGCUGUGUGUGAACAUCCCCGUUAGCUACGAGGUGAGCUGCGGCCCCGAGCGUAGCUCCCUGGCCCUGCUGGCUGGAGUCAAGGUGCCUCAGACCAAGGGUGUGGACCCCCACCACACGGCCAUGUUCCCCCAGCAGCCCCCCACCAUGAGGUUCCUGAGACCCCCUGGACCCCACACCCAUUCCGGAAUUAGCCAGCAGCCACCUACCAGCGCCGGUCCGUCUGCCAGGGGAGACGGGCCUAAACCCCAGUGGUGCUGGAACUGCAAGGUGCUGGUUCUGGGAAACGGAGUCCGCAAGUCCACCAAAGACCUACCCUGCAGCAAACGGGAGAGACCGAACCAUGCGGGGGGCAGCAUGGUCUUCUGCAGCCAUAACUGUUUCGUCCUCCACACCACUGCCACACAAUCCAAAGCCAUGGACAGUAAGCCAAACAUGUCUCCUCUCUUGCCUGAGUCGUCGGUUAAAGAGAGCCCGUCCAAGGUGCUCCACCAGUAUAGUAACAACAUGUCCACACUGGACGUCCACUGCCUGGCCCAGCUGCAGCCCAAACAGUCGCCCCCCUCCAGCCCCCAUCCCAUCUCCUUCCCCUCUGAGAAACCCAAGCCGGAUACUCUCAAGGUGACGGUCAAGUUCAAGCCAAGGCCCAGGGCGGUCCACUCAGCCAGCGGGGGAGGUGAUAUGUCGCCGUACCACCAUAAGCGCUGGAAGGGCCUGCGUUGGCGCAAGUGGAGCGUGCACAUUGUGGUUCCCACUAGCAGAACCCUGCUGUCCUCUCUGCCCGGUGAGGACGAGAUGGACAAGCUGCUGAGGAAGCUGGGCGCCUCUCUGCGUCCUGAUCCCUUUCCCCGCGACCUUCGACGUUGCUGCUUCUGCCACGAGGAGGGCGACGGUGUGACGGACGGGCCCGCGCGGCUCCUGAACCUGGACCUAGACUUGUGGGUGCACCUUAACUGUGCACUGUGGUCAUCGGAGGUGUAUGAGACGCAGGCAGGCGCCCUUAUCAACGUGGAGCUGGCGUUACGGCGGGGCAUGGCGGUGCGCUGCGCCUACUGCCAGCAGACGGGCGCCACCAGCCGCUGCCAUCGGUUGCGCUGCGCCAAUGCCUACCACUUCACAUGCGCCCUCAAGGCCCAGUGCACCUUCUUCAAGGACAAGACCAUGCUGUGCCACCUGCACCGGCCCCGGGGCAGCGACAGGGCCGUGGCGUCCGCCACUAACCACCACGACCACGAGCUGCGCUGCUUCGCAGUGUUCCGCCGUGUCUACGUGCAGCGUGAUGAGGCGCGGCAGAUGGCCAGCAUCAUGCAGAGUGGCGAGCACCGGCACACGUUCCGUGUGGGCAGCCUGGUGUUCCACACUGUGGGUCAGUUGCUUCCCCAGCAGAUGAGCGCCUUCCACUCUGCCAAUGCCAUCUUCCCCGUGGGCUACCGGGCCAGCCGCAUCUACUGGAGCACACGUCACGGCAACCGCCGCUGCCGCUACCUGUGCUCGGUGGAGGAGAACGAGGGCCGCCCGGAGUUUGUGGUGCGGGUGAUGGAACAGGGCUACGAUGACCUGGUGCUCACCGGCGCCUCACCCAAAGGUGUCUGGGACAAGAUUCUGGAGCCUGUGGCUGAGCGGCGUAACGAGUCUGGAACUCUGAAACUGUUCCCCGUCUACCUGAAGGGAGAGGACCUGUUUGGAUUCACUGUCACUGCCGUCACCAGGAUCGUGGAAUCGCUCCCUGGAGUGGAGGCCUGUGAAAGUUACACUUUCCGUUUUGGACGGAACCCUCUGAUGGAUCUCCCCUUGGCCAUCAACCCAACUGGCAGUGCCCGCUCGGAACCCAAGACCUGCACCCAUGUCAAGAGGUUGGUGUUAAGAUCUCACACUUUGUCCAGCACCGGCGGCUCCUCUAAGUCCAUGCAGACAGUUGGCAGCGUGGGUGUGGUGGAAGCACCAGAAGAGGUGACCCCCAAGGAGUUUGCAUCCAUCCCCUUCCAGUACCGACGCAUGAAGGCAGAGUGGAAGAGCAAUGUGUACCUGGCACGCUCCCGCAUUCAGGGGUUGGGUCUGUACGCCGCCAGGGACAUUGAGUCCCACACCAUGGUGAUUGAGUACAUCGGUACCCUCAUUCGCAACGAGGUCGCCAACCGGAUGGAGAAGAUGUAUGAAUCCCAGAAUCGUGGAGUCUACAUGUUCCGCCUGGACAGUGAGCAUGUGGUUGACGCCACCAUAACAGGCGGACCAGCAAGAUAUAUCAACCACUCCUGUGCCCCCAACUGCAUCACUGAGGCCGUGAGCUUGGAGAGAGGUGUUAAGAUCGUCAUCAGCUCCUGCCGUAAUAUCCAGAGAGGAGAGGAGCUGUGUUACGACUACAAAUUUGACCUGGAGGACGACCAGCAUAAGAUCCCUUGCCACUGUGGUGCAGUUAACUGUCGGAAAUGGAUGAACUAGAACAGAGUUGCGGCAAAAGACGGGCAACGACACUUUAAAAUUACACACACACGUGCAUUCCUUAUAGGCUUGUUGGUUGAUAUGCUAUUACUUUUUUUUUUUAAACAAUUUAAUCGGGGGAAGAGACUGACCGCAGAACUGUUAGAGGAAUCAAAAGGCAGAAAGACUAUUUUUAUUAAGGCAGUGAGCUGAGUCUUUCACUGCAAAAAAGAGUAGAGAUGGAUUUUUGUUAAUAUUAAAAAGUGUGAGGAGAUUGGGGCUGGGGUAGAAUUCACCAGUUGACCAGGAGAGUUUUGUACUGGCCACCGCCUUACUUAGUUAGAGAGGCAGGUCCUCCGGAUUAAGAAAUAUAUACAUAUAUAGUUACAGAAAUGUAGACGCCACUGAACAAGGAAUGUACAGAGAGGACUUCCUUAGGGACAAAGCUAAGGGAUAAUUAACUUGCACUAAAAACAAAAAAAUUGUUAAAUACUUGAUUCCAUGAGUCAGUUUGUUUUUGAUUUAUGUAAAAUAAGAGAUUUUUUUCGUAUUUAUUAUCAAAUGAAGUUAUUUUUUUAAAUGAGGAGAAAGAGUCACCGGCAAACUGCAGCCCAGUCUAAUCAGAACGUGUUGCUAUAUACAAUGUGUAAAUAUCUGUAAAAGACAGCCAAACGCUACCUUAGCUUCAUGGCUGUUUGGAUGAUUCUUUAGGUUUUUUUUUCAACAAAAAAAAGUAUUUAAGAAGGAUAUCAUUGUGCAAAAGUCCAGAGUAUUUUUGUUUUAUUUAGAAUGUAGUUGCAUUGUCACGCGCAAUCUAAGAAUUGCACAGAGCACCAAUCAGAGACUGUUACAUCCUAACCCUUAGUUUAUCAGAUUUGAACGUAGAAUUAGAGAACUGUGAAUUUAGGUUGGAAACCACCCACACCAUCGGUUAGCUUCUUUAACUGUAUCAUACGCACAGUAGUCUGAUUUACCUCAUGCAGUUAAUUAACAGACACAUGUUUAAAAAAUGUCUUUCAGUUGCAGGGGACUCCAUUAUGCUUUUGACAAAAUGUGUUUACAUUUCUUUUGAAUAAGAAACGUGCUGGCUAGUUGAGAAAAAAAAAAUAUAUGAUUUACUUCUUGACUCAAUCACAAAAGUCAAUCUGGUACUUGCAUUUUUCUGACCAGUUUGAAAUGAAGUUCAUUUGUGUACAUGGCAUGUAUGUUUUCAAAUUGUACAUACUUUUCCCUCGUACAAUAUUCAGAUCUCUUACAGUAUGUGUCUUUUCUUUGUCCUGUAUAGUAGUAUCUAAUGUAAGAAGAAAAAAAUGGAAGGUUUUUUAAAGUAUACAGAGUGAUGGGUUGUGGAAUCAGAUAAUUUACAAAAAAUAAAAUAUUUUACAUCUGAAA